AUGGAAGCUGAACCUUCAAUCAAACCCAUUUCACUUUCUGACCUACUCCACCGUCGCCACUUCACCGCCGGCGCAUCAUCUCUCUCAACCACCACCACCACAAUCCACAGUCCCACCACACCACCCACUAACCACUCCCAACUACCCACCACACAAAACCCCACCAAAAUCCUAAAACCCUUAAACCACCCUUCUUUCCUCACCGGAACCGUAACCCUAGCCCCACAAUCAAAAUCUUGCUCAAACCCAGCUUGCCUCCAAUUCACCGAUCACACCGCCACUAUUUGUUGCGAUAUACUCGAUUUCGAUAUCCGAAUCAUUUGCCGGAGACUCAAUGUUUUUGCCUGGAAUUUUAUCCCGCUUAACCCGAACACCGGGUUUCUUGAAAUUAUCAAAUGGGGUUUUGAUAAUUUUGAUCAAAAUGAUCAAAGUUUGCAUCUUUUGGUAAAGAAUUAUAAUGGGUAUUAUUUAAAUUCCGUAGUUAAUGUUUGUUCAGAAAGUUUAGUUUAUAAGUAUUUAGUUUCCGGGUUCUUGGUAUCGGUUAGUCCUGUUACGAAUGUCCCCUGUACUGCUAAUAAAGAUGGAACGAAAAAUAUUGAUGGGUUUCUUGCUGAGAUUAUUGUCUGCGAGUGUAAAUUGUGUCGCUGUAAAAAUAAGGUAAUGUUGUUAGAAAAUAUAAUAGGAGAUGUACAGAAUAAUGAUCAUUGUUUUACAAAAUCUGUGAUUGUUUAUUUUUGUGGGUCUGCUUCGGUUUGGUAUCCUGCGGUUUCUAGGAUGGUGGGAGGUGUUGUGACGAUUUCGGGUAUGAAGAAAAAGAUGGUUUUUCUUGAAGAAGGGAAGUCGUUGAUGAUGUACGUGACUACAGAGAAAUCUGUUAUUCAUUUUCCAGCGUGUACGAGUAAUAGAGCUGUUAUUAGAAGGAAAGGGGAAUGCAAUGUUUAUACUGGAAGUAUUACCGCGGUUUAUAUGCAGGGAAUGGUGAUUGAGUUGGAUAAAAACGUGUUGCUGUUGCUUACUGAUCAUCAGAUUUCAAUGCCGCAUAGCCUUAGAAUCGGUGCACUUAUAACUGUGAGAAAUUUUCAUGUGGGGGAUCCGAAAUUUGCUUGGGCUAAAGUCAAAGUAUUUGGAGUGUGCUAUAAGACUAGCAUCCGUGUUAAUGUAUUUUCUCCAAUGGAAAGCAGAUGCUACCAAGCCUUACAAUCUCGAAGUCUUCUUAGGAAGUUUAUUGAGUCACUCACACUUUCAGCCAGAUUAUGGGUGCUACUUGUAGUUUCAUCAUUAAGGAAAAAGUUCACUGGAAUAUUAUCCGAGAUGGAGAUCUUAGGAUCAAAACAUGUGGAAGGAUUAGUUCAAAGGUAUUCCAGUUCAUGUUUGCCUUUAUCAGUGUUCCGAUUCCGGCAUGGAGUUCUCUUAGAAUAUUGUCUGCAUGAGUUAUCGGGCUGUGGCAAAGAACCAGAGUACAAUCCUCCAAAUUUGGUUGUGCCCGUUAUUAAUCUCAUCAGUCAAUGUGAGUCCAUGUGCAUAGAAAGUUUAUAUGCAAGUAAGACAGAUAUUGAUAUGAACCAUCAAUGCAGUAGUUUAAUUUGUGGAGGGAAGUCUCAUGAUCAGCCGAUUAGGAAAAUCUUGAAAAGUAAAGAUCUAAAUGCUGUUUUACUCGGAAAUUUAAAGAUUUGCAAAUACUCUGGAAGGUUGCAAUUCGUUGAUGCAACUGGCAGCAUUGAUGUUGUUAUACCCGAUCUUCCAUCUGUUUGGAGUGUCAAGGACAUAUAUGAGAUAAACGACUUCAGUGUUGUAAUGGAAGGAUUCCCUCGACAACUUGAACAUUUGGAAUUACUCAAUGAGGAACCGUUUUCAUGUGAACAUAUUUUCAACCAUUUUCAUUUAGCAGGGAAGAAAAGGAUCAGCAUUUAUGCUCAUUUCUACAUGAAAGAUGUGAAAUCAAGAAAUCAUAUCUUAUGCCCUAGCAUGGAUAUGAAGGAGAACUUCAAGGAACUUGAACACGGAAGAUUCCACCUACUUACUGUAGUGCACAAAUUCCCAGUACAACAAAAGCUGUCAGGUAAUCAUGCUGUUGCAAACAAUUCAAGCAUAUAUGCAGAGGUCAUUGUUCUUCCAUGGAGUUUAGUUAUUCACAAUAAAACGGGACAUACGGUCGAGGCAUCUGCUGGGGUAGCUAUUCAGGAUAGUGCAAUCUUAAGAAAGUGUACAAAACAAGAAGCAUCGACUUUAGUUCUCAGCUCAGGCUUUCAUGCUGCAGAUUGUAAUCUAUCUGACCACUUGAAAUGCUCAAAUAGUGAUAGCUCACAUCUUUGCAAUGAAAAAUGGUGCGAGGUAGAUCAUCUUCAUGAGUUAAAUUGCACAGUAGCCAAUAUGCAGGAAGAUUCUUCCUACAAAAAAGCUGCAAGGAAGUUGCUCCUGGAGUUCAAGUCUGAUAGCUUUUGGAAGUAUGAGUCAUUGAGAAUUGGUAGUCAUUGUUUGCUAAAGCAUCAUGAUAAAGAUCUUGUAUGUACUGCAAAGAACUCUACUGCCCUUGUGAAUUCUAAAUUAAAUUUCUGGAAUGUCUCCUUCAUUGCUGAUAAGGCUGGUCUCACCAAUGCUGGAUCCGUUGAUAGAUGCUGUGAGAUAUGCCCAGAUAUUAAUUUACAUCUUUCAGAUGACCAUUUAAGCUUCUUAGAGGUCAAACUCAGAGAACUAAAACAAGAUCUUAUCCAGCCAAGAGACACGAUCAAAGGAUUACUGAACGAUUCCUGGCGUCCACGAACCAUGAUGCAUGAAUCAUCACCAUCUGGGGACAUUGGUGUAAAUUUGCCUGCAGGGAAUUUGUUAUCCGUGCAAGGACAUGUGGAGGCAGUUCAUAGGUCUGAUCAGAGUCAUCUUGCUACCCGUUUAGGCCAUCGAGUUUGUCAUGAGCAUUAUCAUCAUCAUAUUGUUCCUGGAGUGACAAACAGUGUGUGUAUUCAUAUUUUAGUCAACCAUAACCUUGUGAAGAUAUAUAGCAGCUUAAGUGAAUACAGUUAUCCAAUUGGAUUUGGACCUGGAGUCAAUGCAAGCUUUCACCGUGUUCUUUUAACAGCUGAAGGGGAUGUGCUAAAGUUAACACCAGUAUCUUUCAUCGAAAUCAAUUCCAUAGUUGCUGAUGACAAGCAGUGUAGCAAUGAGUGGGAUGUUAUGUUUGAUAAACCAGUUGCCGGGACUGCUAUUUCGUUAGCAACUGGUCCAGCAGCUUUAAUUUCCGAAGUUAAGCGGCUCCCAGACCAUAAACAGAUGCGACUCCAUUGCAAGGUUGAGGCAGUUUAUAUGCUGGUAGUUGAAAAGAACGAUACACACCUACGAUCCUUCUCUGCAGUUAACUCAGAAAUACAUUCUGUGAAAAUCCCAGUUGCCGGCUUCAUAAUCGACGAUGGAUCAUCUUCAUGCUGUUGCUGGACUGAUAAUGAGAGAGCGUUGACUUUAUUGGGGUUACAUGAAUCGUUGCCACAUAAACGUCCCAGGAAAAGUUUACAUAAAUCAAACAAGGAUAUAGACAGUAUGUCUCGCAUUAGCAAAAUUUUAAAACAACAUGGCACAGUUGUAAUGAAGAACAAUGGAUCUGUGUCUGAUUAUUCAUGUCUAGAUAUAGCACUCUCGAGCAAUCCAGACAGUUUUGUCAGCGGAUCAGAUGAGCAGUUUCUCAAGUCCUUAGCACUCCAAGCUUGCUCCAUCAACACUUGGAACGUUGUUGGUACCAUGUUGGAUUCAGAAACUGCGAGACAGAUAGAUGGACGCUUACGAAGGUUGGACAUGACAAUGCCGCAAAUGCAAAACAUAUGGGCAUCCGAAGUUUCUCAUAUGGAUACCUUGAAUGAAGCAAGAAGCAUCCUUCAAGAACUCUUAAGCUCUUUUUGACAUGUUUAAUGUGCAAAGUUUUGGAUCAGGGUAUAUCUAUAUAUUCCAAUAGGCAAUGUAUAUAGAAAAACAAAUUACAAUAUGUAUAUUGAACCCAAUGAUCAAGUAAUUUGAAGUAUGAAAAAAGAGAUUAUCGUCAACAA